GAUGAAUCAUAUUAUGAAAAUAUAAUAAAAGAAUAUCAUAAUAAUAAAUCGGUUUUAAAUAGUAAAAAAUCUUCACAUUUAUCACAUCAGUCAAGUGAGGUAGAAGAAAAACCUAAAAUAAAUUCAAAAUUAACGGAAGCAUUAUUAAUAAAUCUGGAUGGUCAUGAAACAAAAGAUGUAUCAUCGUCACCAGUUUUAGCCAGAUCUAAAUCUAUGACCCUGUUAGCUAGGCUAAUACACAUUCAACCGGAUGAAUCAUAUUAUGAAAAUAUAAUAAAAGAAUAUCAUAAUAAUAAAUCGGUUUUAAAUAGUAAAAAAUCUUCACAUUUAUCACAUCAGUCAAGUGAGGUAGAAGAAAAACCUAAAAUAAAUUCAAAAUUAACGGAAGCAUUAUUAAUAAAUCUGGAUGGUCAUGAAACAAAAGAUGUAUCAUCGUCACCAGUUUUAGCCAGAUCUAAAUCUAUGACCCUGUUAGCUAGGCUAAUACACAUUCAACCGGAUGAAUCAUAUUAUGAAAAUAUAAUAAAAGAAUAUCAUAAUAAUAAAUCGGUUUCAAAUAGUAAAAAAUCUUCACAUUUAUCACAUCAGUCAAGUGAGGUAGAAGAAAAACCUAAAAUAAAUUCAAAAUUAACGGAAGCAAUAUUAAUAAAUCUGAAUGGUCAUAGAAAAAGAAAAUUCAAUGAAUCAUCAUUACCUAAAAGCAAAAAGGUUAAACUUUUGGGAUCGUCAUCAAUUACAUUCGAUACAUCUUCGAUAGAAAAAUUUAUAAGACCUAGAACACAAAUUGCUACGGUAGAAAAAGAUUUAGUUAAAAUAAUUCAAGGGACAUAUAAAUACGAAAAGAAUGGAGUAAAUGAUCUAAAGGUUGAAAUUAUACCAACAAAUGAUACAAAUGAUUUUGCUAAAACCAGAUAUAACACAUCAACUGAUCAUAGAUUAAAUACAACAAAACUAUCAACUCCUUUGAAAAGAAAUACCACUAAGGAUUCAUUGAAAAAUAAUGCCAAACAUAAAAAAUCAAAAAGAAAAUUACAGAGAUGCACCAACCCGUUAAAAGAUAAUUCUUUGAAACUUACGAGUGUAUUUUCUGAGCUCACUGAUCAAGACCAUAAACGUUUAGCGUGUUUAAAAAUUGAAGGAAAUCAAGAUCGUGUUCAUGGAACAAUAUCUAUAGAGUUGAAAGUAGAUGGUUUGUUUCCUUUAAUUGCUAACAAAGCUAAAAAUAAAUUAAUUACAAGCGAAAUUAUCGCUUGUUAUUCCGACUUAUUGAUGAACAUGUAUGAUAAUAUAUUUAUUAUUGAUUCUUCCUUUUGGAUAUUUUUUGAAAAUAAUGUAUCGUAUGCUACUUCCUGGAGAGGGCGAUAUGAAAUUGAUCCUUUUAGCCACGAAAAAGUUUUCAUAAUUAUAAAUGUUAAGUCACAACAUUGGGCUAGCGUUUAUGUCCAUACAAGAGAAAAAAAACUAUUUUGGUUGGAUUCUUUAGAGGAAACAUAUGGACAAGAUAGUAUAGCUAUUGAAAAUUUGAUCAAAGUAUUGAAUCAAGAUUCAAAUAAUUAUCAGUUGACUAAAUUAAAUAUACCACAACAGGAGAAUAGCUACGAUUGUGGGGUUUUUAUGAUGUGUUGUAUUAGGCACAUAGCUGCUAAUGUUCCACUUACUUAUAAUGGCAGUCAAAUAAAGCAAUUUAGACUGCAAAUUGCUUUAGAGUUAUUAGAUAAAACACUACUUCCAAUAGAAUAUUUAAAUCAACAAUCAUAUAUUGCAACAACAAGAUUAUCUAAUGAAUCAUCUAUAUAUAAAUCAAUUAAAUCUGUUAAUUUAAUAUGUGGUUUAGAUAUAAGAUAUGAUCAUUAUAAAUUAAGAAAUGGGAAUCUUAAUGAUAUUUGGGUUAUUGUUUUACAAAAUUUGAAAAAUGGAGUUGGUUACAAGGGGAUUUCUAUAGAUGAUGAAUUUUUAAAAUUUGAAGUUAUAAAUUUUAAUAUUUUGAGCUUUGAAAACGAGGGAAUUGAAUCAAUUAAUAUUCCUUUAUCUUAUAAAAUUGAUAAGAAAUGGAUUAUAGUGGUAUUAAUCGGGUUUAUAAGUCAAAUUACCAUAAACUUUUAUGAUUCCAAAUUGGAGAAACCGACAAAUGGUAAAAACAUAAAUGAUAUAAACAUAGUAGAAGAUCGAGGCUCCUUAGAAUCAGAUUGUAAAUAUACUUUAGAUAAAGAUAAAGGAAUAGCUAUUAAGUUACAAGAUGUUUUAAAUAAUCAAAUUUAUACAAAUAUUGAAUUUACUCAAUUGAAUAUAAUAUCUGCAAUUGCAUCAACUAUAAAACAUUUACCAAGUACUAAACUAGAGAAAUAUAAAACUAUUGAAAUCAUUCCAUCCAAUGAAUCAAAUGUUAUUGAUAUAACAAAUUUAAUAGUUAAGCUAUUAUUUUCAUUUAUACAAAAUUUAGAGAUUCAUAUUAAUACAAAACCAAGUUAUAAAUAUGAUUUAACAUCAAUUCCAGAACAAGUCAUACUACAAAAUAAACCAAUAAAACUAAGCUUAAUUCAAAAUUUAAAAUUAUUUUUAUUAAAUCAUGGAAUUUUUAAUUCAUCGAAGCUAAUAUAUAUAGAAUCAAAUUCGUUAAAGAAUUUAAUAAAUUCAAAAGAUUUAAAUAAAUUUAAAAUAAAGCAUUCAUCAAAUAUAAUAAAAGAAUUUUUAAAUCCAUUGUUAGUUGGACCUGUUUUGGUAACAGAUAUAUAUGAAUAUAGAACAUAUGGGUCCAAAUAUGGUUCAAUUCCUCAAAAUUUAGAAAUGAAAAUUAUAAAUUUAAAUAACCAUCAAAAUCUAGGAAAAUUAAUGAUUAGAGGUUAUAAUAUUGGGAAAUUUCAAAGAUUUAUUAAUAAUCAAAUUGAACUUACUAAUCAAAGAGAAAAUGAUGGAUUUAUGCCUUUACAAUUUAGAGAAAAUGUUAAAUGGGGUAAUGAUGGAUGUUUAUAUUUUGAUUGUUAA